AUGGCGACACUGGGUGGCAGCCAGUGUGAAGCGCUUAAAGAAUCAAAGUGCUCCUCGUUGCCACAACCUGGGCUGCCAACACCAGGAAAACGAAAAUCAAAGAAUGGGCAAGGAAAGAAGGCUGGCCGGCAACAGAAGGACAACAGAUUUCUUGUCCACUUCAAGUUCGCUGGGGUGAAAGUGUGCAUGUGGGAAGCUGGCAGUCUCAGACUGAUGGGCACACCAUUCAAAGGCAGAGAAGCGAGUCCAGCCCAGGCGCUGGAAGCUCCCUCGUUUCCCAGCACUGAAGAAGGGGACCACUCUAGGUCGGUCAAGCCAGAGGCCUCCACAGCUGGUCUGCAGAGGAAGGCCAGUUGCCCCAAGUCCCCGUCUGCCACUCCAAAGCAACGCAAGAGGCCCAGCAAGAAGCCCAAGAAUGGAGGGGAAUUGCAACAGAACCCACUUAAAAUGGCUCUUCAGCGCGUGAAGAACCAUGUGCAAACGAUAAAGAGAGAGGAGCUGCUGUUGAGUGCGUACCAGUCCAACGGCUGGAAUGGAGCAAGCCGAAAUGUUGUGAAGCCCACUGCUGAGUUGCAACGGGCAAGGUUGCAGAUACAGCGAUCACAGCACAAAGUAAGGGAGUGUGUCGCCAUCUGUGACGAAGCCGGAGGAGAUACUGCAAUGCCAGACUCUGCUUUUGAUGAGCAUGGAGACCCCAUCGUUGAUGCCAUUGCCUGCUCCAGAUGUGGCGGCCUAGCUUCGGAAGAGAAGGGCAACGAUAUUGUGCUCUGCGACGGGCCCUGUCGACGAGCAUACCACCAACUGUGCCUGGUGCCUCCCAUCACUAUGGAGGAUCUAGAAAGAGACACUUGGCUGUGUCCUGCUUGCGACUGCAAGAAUGAGAUCCUUGCUAUGCUGAACGAGCACUUUGAGACAUCCUACAGCCUGGCCACAAAGGCUGACGCGCUGUUCAGGAUGCAUGGGGACGGGGAACGGAGCCCAGAGAGGGAGCGUGAGGCAAGUGUGGAGCCCACGGGCACCUGUACUCCUGUUGAGGGCAGCGACCCGCAAUCUCAAGGUGGCAGCAGCUCAGAAGACGAUGGUGAGGUCCCAAUAGCCACUGUGCUUGCCGGCGAGUUGGCCUCUGAAGACGAUGACGAAGAUGAAGACUUCAGCCCUGAAGAGGACUCCGAUGCUCAGCGGGAAGGGGAUGCGCGGGAGGGGGAUGUCUCACCGAGCUCGUCGAGCUCAGAUACAGACGACGAUUCUGACGUUGCACAGGAUGGCAACUUGGAGCAUCAAGAGGUCGACACAACGCAGCUGCAGAGUUUAGAUGCAAUGGAUGUCUGCCAACAGAGCCCGUUUGGAGGCAAACGCUCAUGGGAGGAGCAAGAGGCCCUUCCUGGAGGCCGCUCCAAACGGCGGCGUAAGGUCGUAAAUUACGUGAAGCUGGACCAAGCCCUGUGCAGGGACGGGGCCCUGAGGGAGGAGGACGAUGACGAUGGGGAUGCGGAGGAGUAUGUGCCAAAGGAGAUGGGCACAGAUGGAGAUGAUACAGAUUGGGACGGAGGGGACAAUGUGGAUUAG